AAUACGUCACUGUUACCCCAACACUGACGCUGUCCUCACCGCUUCUUACGAGGACGACACCAAUGCCUCGCUUCGAGAUUUGAGCCGUGACCGUGAGCUGGGGAAAAUAUGACCAUCAAUUGUUAUGGUGACAUCAGCAUGAGCUCUGCAGGCAGGCAGCAUUAUUGGAGAGGUGUUCCUGUAUGACCAGAGAGAGAGAGGGAGGGAGAGAGAGAGAGAGAGGCUGGAAAGGAGGCGUUAUUUCAACUGGAAUUGCGAGGGUGUUUUUUUAGACCAGCCAGUCCCCGGCUUGAUCUAUCUUACCAGCGAACAUCAGUGGUAGAGUACUGCAGAACGCGCCUUCAUCACUUGCAACGGCAUCAGAAGGAAAACAGCUCAGAAUCUUCCUGAAGCCUACUGUAUGUUCGCUCUCUUGCCGCGCCGUAGGCAGAGAUCCUAGUGGAAAUGCGGCAACUCUGAAUUCCAGCAUAAGCAGCAAAGACGUAGCGGGUGAAACCUGUAAUUUAGACAGGAAAUUGGAGAUAAAUUACAGCCCAAGAACAGUUCUCAGCGGCGGCCAGGGAUUUACGAACGGGAUCCGUUUUUAAGAGCUUGUUUAGAUAUUUUCAGUAAAAAUGGGGGAACAACCGAUAUUCAGCACGCGGGCGCACGUCUUCCAGAUCGACCCGAGCACCAAAAGGAACUGGAUGCCCUCCAGCAAGCACGCCGUCACCGUCUCCUACUUUUACGACAGCACCCGGAAUGUCUACCGGAUCAUUAGCUUGGACGGCACCAAGGCCAUCAUCAACAGUACCAUCAGUCCCAACAUGACGUUCACCAAGACCUCACAGAAGUUUGGUCAGUGGGCCGACAGCAGAGCCAACACAGUCUAUGGGCUGGGCUUUUCUACUGAACACCACCUAGCUAAGUUUGCAGAGAAGUUUGCAGAGUACAAGGAGGCUGCGCGCCUAGCGAAGGAGAAGAGCCUGGAUGGAAAGAUGGAGCUGGCGACAUCGCCCUCCCAGGAGUCUCCUGUUGACCUUUCGUCACCGCUGACCCCUGUUACCCCACCUACCAUGGAAAACAUUAAUGGCACAGAUGACCUCUGUGAAAUCACACUGCCCUCUGAGCCACGCCCAGAACCUGCACAAAAUGCACUGGCGUUUGCACACAGCCCCACCAUGACUAAGCACUGGGAGGCGGAGCUGGAGGCGUUGAAGGGAAACAACGCCAAGCUGACGGCAGCUCUGCUGGAGUCCACAGCCAACGUGAAGCAGUGGAAGCAGCAGCUGUCAGCCUACCAGGAAGAGGCUGAGAGACUGCACAAACGGGUGACUGAGCUAGAGUGCCAGAACAUCCAGACUCCAGUCAUCAAAGCCCAGAAAACAGAACUGAAUGAAACCAUUGAGGAGCUGGAGAAUUCACUGAGGGACAAAGAGGAGGAAAUGGAACGGUUGAAAGAGGAGGUAGAGAAUGUGAACGACCUGCUGGAACAGAAAGACUCCCUUAUACAGAAACUGGAGGAGACAGAGCUGCGAGGGCGGGUAUUGGAGGAGCAGCUGGUUGGAGCUGAACAGCGAUUGGAGGAGAGUCAGGAGGAUCAGGAGAGUUUCAGGAAGUCCCUGCGAACGCUGCUGGAGCUGCUCGAUGGGAAGAUCUUUGAGCUGACGGAGCUGAGAGACACCUUGGCCAGGCUGAUAGAGGAGGGCAGCUAGAGACAGUGCCCCCUGUGGAUCUGGAGGCCAUAGUUUACGAUAUGACAUACUCUACGCACAUUACGGAGCCAAAACCCCUCCUCUCCCUGCUGCCCCCCAGCUUGGCAACCUAGUAAAUCACACACUUGAGAGCCCUGGACUGGAUCAAAUACAUACGUUUAGAAUGUAUUUGAGGUGUGUUUGAUUUAGGUCAGAUUUUGUCCUUAUGGAACUAUUCAAUUGGUUUGGUUGUCUUGAAAUGACCAAGUCAACUGCACCUCAGUCACAGAGCCACUAUAUAAUCACACUGCCCUACCAUGGUACUGCUCAGGUCCCCACAGAGGGCAGCUACACUGGAAAGUGGCUUCCAAAUACGCCACUGUCCCCCCAGCCCCCUUAGCCUCCAGCCCAGCCCACACAUCAGUUCAUAAAUGUCUAAUCCCCUAAACGAGCCCUCUGAUUGGCUGGCACUUUAACUGAUCUCCUGGCCACAGACCAAUAAGAGAGCUGGAUGUAGUUUGUGCCUGCGAUGGGUUUGGGCAUCAUCAUCAUCAGCCAGGGAACUAUGCCUCUGCAGCACCACCUACUGUCAGAACACAGGAACUACACCACAGCUGGCAUGAGGAGUAAACCACACACCACUGCUCUGCCCCUCUGAGCAGGAACAGGGGCAGUCAUACGAAACGUAAUUACCAUCAAACUUGUAGAACACCAGCUGUCAAAGGCAGUGAUGCCGGCAGAGUAGCGUGUAGGGAACAGGACUGGGUGGUCAAAAGCUACUACGCUAGCUCAGCCUAGUUUAGCACCAUGCUAUCUGAGCCUAGCUUUGGUGAGGCCAGCAUCAUGCUAUCUUAGUCUAUCUUUUGUGAGGCUAACAGCAUGCUAGCUUAGCUUCGGUGAAGCCAGCAGCACGCUAGCUGAGCCUAGCUUCGGUAAGACUAGGAGCAAGCUGGUUCUGAAGCAGCCUUCCUGCUCUGAGACGCUGUAUACACCUGGAGUGACCUAAUCGUUGCUACGCACAGCAUCACAUCCCCACUCCGGCUUCUGGACAGAGAAAGGCUUCUAGGAGUUAAAGUUCUGUUUACAAAAAUGAAACUAGAAAGGAACAAACAUUUUUGUUCUCCUCUAGAGAUGGAUAUGAUGAGUUUGACAGUUGUAGGAUCUUCCAGAAGUCUUUUAAUCCCACCAGCGAAUCCUACUCAGUAAUAUGAGGAGCUGCAGCAAACUCCCAUUCUCCUCCUCAUGGAGAGCACACACCCUGUCUUCCUGCCAAGCUCCAGGUGGUGUGUGUAUGUGUUGAGUCUAUGUGUAUGGAGCUGAACUAUUGAAGUGGCUGCAUUGCUAUACAUCUUUCAAUGAAGUUGAUACUCUAUGAGAUGAGUUAUUCUCCUAGUAGUGUGUGUGUGUGUGUGUGUGUGUAUGGAAGCCUUCCACCGCGUGUGUGCACACACACACACACACUGACUGAGCAAUACCAGAUGUUUUCUAGAAGACAUUUCAAUCUAAAUAUCAGGUACUUCAUUUCUCAGUAAACAGGAAGACUGCAGCUCUUGGGCCCUCGCUGUUCUCCUCGCCCCCCCCCCCCCCCCCCCCCCCCAGUGUGUGUGUGUGUAGUGUGUGUCUGGGCAGCGGACUUUUGCUCAGCUUAGGCUGCCCCUCCAGGAAACACACCCAGCCCAACACACAACACUGCUGGGUUCUAGACUUUUAUACAGGUGUUGAUAUACUAUGUAACGUAGGUACACCACUGUUCUCUGACUGUUCAGUUGGACUGAAAACACAACAGAGGAUCCUUCCAUGCUGUGAGGGGACACAGACAACUAGAAGGAUAUUCUACAACGUGGAUGAGCUUGAUCUUGUUAACCAUGAGGUGAUGUGAACAGAUCUGUUUGUACAGAAGCAGACAAUCUGUUCAUUCACCUGUUUUUGUAACUUCUGGUAUAUAAUGUAGUAAUUGUUACUGUGUAAAGGUAUGAGAAGACUGGCAAUAUUUUUGACUGUUUAAAGUAAUUUUGAAUUCAUAAUUAUG